AUGUCUACCUUUUCUCUUCUCCGUCUGCCACAGAAAACCCUGAAAAAUGUGAUACUCCAGAUGGGGCAUAUCGAGCUAAUUUGCACCUCACUACUCUCCAACAAAACUAAGCACUUCAUCCGAGAGUUUUGCAUCUUCAAAGCAUCUCGUUUCUCUAUUGAAUUGAAUCAGUCGGUGCAAUUCAAAAUGUUUAACAAUGGUAGAUGGUCAGAGUAUUCAUUCAAAAAUGGAAUGAUAUGUAUUACAAGUUUUGGUAUAAUACAAAUAACAAUGACAUUUCGUACGCCGCAGUUUAAUGCUGGAAGCUGGUUCAACCACUUUCUAUGUGUUCUAUCCCCAUCGAAAAUCGAAUCAGUAACGGUCACUGAUGCAUUCGAUGAGUUGAGAUUUCAGUUAGUUAAGAAAUUCUUGGAAAAGAUUCAAUUUAUGGUUCUUUGGAUUAGAACGACUUCCGCCACGAGCCACAUGGUCAGACUUUUUUCCGAAGUUCUACCAGUCGAUCAAUUCUGGUUAAGUCAAGACGAUCGGUUGAACUCCUCUCAAUUCUCAGCCCUCAGGCCAGUUUUGUCCAAGGAACUUGAAACCAUCUUUAUAGACAACAGAAUGCCGUUAAACGAUCUACUUAUCACAUGCUCCACAGCCAUUCAUAUUAUCAAAUCACCGCUAACUGAUAAGGAAAUCAAUGUGUUUCUAAAACAUUGGAUGACUGGAUUGAAACCAGAACUUGAGCAUAUUUAUAUUGAAAAGAGUGGAGUUUUCAACCAAACCCAACUCCUGGACGGAAUUAAUCAUGAUGCACCGACUGACAGGAAAUUCAAAAUGUACGGUAAUGAUGCAUUUAGAGGAAUUGAUCUUCACCUAGGCCAAGGAAUUAAAGCAACUUUGGUGUACGAAAACGAUUUUUUCCAUUCGAAAAUUCAUAUUGCUUCCCAUAACUCGAAAUAUAUUUCUUUUGAAUGAUUAUUUCACCCUUUUUCUUUAAUAAAAUGUUGUUAUAA